UGCUGUGAACAUGUGGUUUGUUCACUGUUUGUGAAGCGUGGAAGCUCUUGCGAGCCGGCUCAGCGCUGAAUCAACAGGCGCUUUUGUCCUGUGAACAGUCGCACUGGUUCCACUUUGAUCGGGAAACAGAGCGAUGGCGAAGAUAGGCGACGGCGUGGAUCCCGUAGCGGCUCUCGGAGCGGCUCAGUUGCUCACAAGACCCGCUUCCGAGUUCGGCAAUGAUCCCACCGUCGAGUCCUUGUGGGCAAUCAAAGCAGUGGAGCACAUGGAAGUAUAUUUCAACUUAAUUAGCGCCGUCGACGCAAAGAUCUUGAAGCUCACACCACACGACGAAGACAUCUAUAACACUUUCAGGGAACACUUCCCCAACUUGGAUGUCAAGCGUCUUGUAGAGUCUGACAUCAAGAGCGAAGAAUCUAAGAAGGAGUGGAGGGAGUUCUGCAUGAAGUUCGAGAACGUCGUGGAGGACUUCAACUUCGCCACCCUUCUUCGACUGGACUGUGAGCAAGACUAUGCUGAGGAAAAUACGACACUCGUUCCUAGGGUACAGUUCUACGCUGUAGAGAUUGCGCGGAACAGAGAAGGGCUCAACGACGCCGUGAGAAAAAACUUCCUUCCGAAACCGAGCCCUCAGAAGCAGUGAGUGUAAGUAGCAUUUAGCCAUGGAACUUU